AUGAGGGCUUUAGCACGACUUCUGUUCUUUUCUAGUGCUUUAUUCUCAGUUUUGUUGAAUUCUGCUGCAUUAGACACCAUAAAUACAGGUCAAGCACUCAGAGACGAUGAUACGCUUGUUUCGGCUGGUGAAACGUAUGAGUUGGGAUUCUUUAGCCCCGGUAACUCCAAGAACCGAUACUUGGGGAUAUGGUUCAAGAAAAUAGGGAAAAUUACCAAAAUUUCAUCGGUAUCUGUUGGUAAUACUCCCGUUGUAGCAAAGCUUCUCGAUUCUGGGAACCUUGUUGUGUGUUACGAUAGUAGCACUAACGAAGAUUUCGUUUGGCAAAGUUUCGAUUACCCAACCGAUACAUUGCUAGCGGGAAUGAAAUUGGGGAAGGAUUUGGUAACAGGCGUAGACAGGUACUUGACAUCGUGGAAAAGUAUGGAUGAUCCUUCUCCAGGUCUGUAUGUAAGUUGGAUGGAUACGAACGGAUAUCCACAAGCGUUUCAAAAGCGAGGUUCGGUUUUACAAUUGAGGUUUGGACCGUGGACUGGUGUACGAUUUAGCGGUUUUCCCAGUAAGCCAAAUCCUAUCUACACGUAUGAUUUUGUCUUCAAUGAAAAGGAGGUAUAUAGUAUAUUUCAUCUUAUUAAUAACUCAAUUAUGUCGAGGGUGUAUCUAAGUCCGGAAGGCAAGGAAAUGCGCUUGAACUGGAUUGAUCCCGCACAAGGUUGGAUGCCGUAUCUGGUCACAACGGUUGAUAUGUGUGCCCAAUAUGGACUCUGUGGUGCAUAUGGAAUCUGUAACAUCAACAGUUCUCCAGCAUGCAGUUGUAUGGAAGGGUUUGAACCAAGAUUUCCAGUGCAAUGGAAUGCAGGAAAUUGGUCAGGUGGCUGUCAACGUGAAAAAUCGUUAAAUUGUGGGAAUAAGGAUGCGUUUCGAAAACUUUCAGGUGUGAAAUUUUAUCACAUCGAAGGUGUAAUGGAAGAUGGGCGAGAAAUAGCAGUGAAGCGGUUGUCGGAAACUUCUACGCAAGGACUUGACGAGUUUAUGAACGAGGUUAGAUGUAUUCACCGGCUUCAGCACCGAAAUCUUGUGAAGCUUCUGGGAUUCUGUGCUCAAAAACAUGAAAUCAUGUUGAUUUAUGAAUACAUGCCCAACAGAAGCCUUGAUACAUUUUUAUUUGAUGAGACCAAAGGUUCAAUGCUUGAUUGGACUAAACGAUUCCACAUCAUCAAUGGGAUCGCUCGAGGGCUUCUUUAUCUGCAUCAAGAUUCAUGCCUUCGCAUCAUACAUAGAGAUCUGAAAGCCACCAAUAUUUUGUUAGACACUACUCUUACAUCGAAGAUAUCAGAUUUUGGGCUUGCUAGAAGAUUUAAAGGAUACGAGACUCGGGUUAAGACAAAGAAUGUGGUUGGAACUUAUGGCUACAUUCCUCCAGAGUAUGCAGUUCAUGGAGUUUUCUCUGUAAAAUCAGACGUGUUUAGCUUCAGUGUUUUAGUUCUGGAAAUAGUAAGUGGGAUGAAGAAACGAGAAUUUUCUUCUCACGAGCACCUUGACAACCUUCUUGGACAUGCAUGGAGACUAUAUAAGGAUGGCAAGUGUCUUGAUCUGGUUGGUGCGCCUUUACUCGACUCAUGUGUCGUCUCUAAGGUACUCCGAUCAAUACACAUUGGUUUGUUAUGUGUGCAAAAUCAUGCAGAAGAUAGACCAACAAUGUCAUCUGUGGUAUUGAUGCUGGGUAACGAUGGUGUAUUGUCUCAACCUAAAUCACCUGCAUUUUUUACGGGGCCUGAGCUCAAAUUGUGUGCACACACGAGACAAGAACCUUCAGUCAAUAAUAACCGAAACCCACAAAGUGGAGCGAGCGAGGCGACAAUCAUGCGACAAGCCACCGAAGAGUAUUGCCGACUGUACAAAAAGAGGACUUUUCCACACGUGGGGGCAUGGGAAGUUGCGAGACAUCACCCGAAGUGGGUCCCCAUUGAGUUGGUUGACAUGUGUGGUCCUACGGCUCCAAAAAAACAAGGCGGUUCAAAAAGAUCAAAGACAUCCGAUUCGGGGAACUACACGACUUCCGCGCGGAUAACUUGCCCGAAAUGA